AUGAGAGCUGAAGCACCUGGGCAGGCUGAUGCAGCUCUCCAGGUGGCAGACACCCGCUCCCAGCCUGGGCCGGGGGGGUCCACGAGCAGCAGCUCUGGGGUCCUUUGCCAGGUGCUCGGCUGCAGUACCUUCACCUCCAGUGUCUCCUCAGCGGCUGAACGAGUCAGUGCCAUACUGUGGCAGGAGGAAGCAGGUGACAGAAGAUGCCCGCUGCUCUUCGUCCAGCUCAACGAGUUGCUCAGCAGCCCAGCAGGCCUGGAGUGGAGGGAGACAGCCAGGUGGAUAAAGUUCGAGGAGAAGGUGGAGGAUGGAGGGGAGCGCUGGAGCGCACCCCAUGUCACGGCGCUCCCGUUGCACAGCCUCUUUGAGCUGAGGAUGUGCCUGCAGAAGGGGACAGUCCUCCUGGAUCUGGAUGCCCACAAUUUCAAGGAAAUAAUCAACAAGGCACUUUCUGGGCAGCCUGAGGAGCGAGCCCUGCGGCCUGAGCUGAAGGAUCGCCUGGCAGCCCUGCUGCUCCGCCAGCCCCAGCACCAAGCCACCAAAUCCCUGCUGUGGAUGCUUGCUGAGCUCAGCCUCUCCCCCUGCAGAGGGAAGGCCAAAAACCUGUCUGAGCCUAGUGCCCAACUCUCAGAAACGCCUCUCAAGGAGCAGCUGAAAAACCAAUUCAAGAAGAAGCUCCCGCCAGGGGCUGAAGUAGCCAGUGUGCUCAUUGGUGAAGUUGACUUCCUAGAGAAGCCCUUUAUCACCUUCAUUCGCCUCAAGGAGAUGGUGGUCCUCGGUGCACUGACCGAAGUCGCUCUCCCUAGCAGGUUUCUUUUCAUUCUGCUGGGCCCACGAGCCAAAGCAAAAGCCUACCAUGAGAUUGGAAGGGCAAUGGCCACACUGCUGACAGAUGAGCUCUUCCAAAGGGUUGCCCAGCAGGCUGAGCACCAAGAAGACCUCAUUGCAGGGAUUGAUGAAUUUCUGGAUGAGCUGACUGUGCUGCCUCCCGGGAAAUGGGACCCCAGUGCUCGAAUCCCUCCACCCAACUGCCUGCCCUCUGCACACAAGAGGAUCUCCACACAUCUGCGGGAGUGGAAAUCUCCCUGCAACAGGAACAUGGCAGCUGCUGAGGACAGACCUGGCCCAGGGCAACCGCAUUUCAGUGAAGAGCUGGAGAGGACGGGAAGGCUCUUUGGAGGGCUGCUCAGAGACAUCCGGAGGAAGGCACCGUGGUACAGGAGUGAUUUUUCUGAUGCCCUACACAUCCAGUGCCUCUCGGCAGUCCUCUACAUCUACCUGGCAACAGUCACCAAUGCCAUCACCUUCGGGGGCAUGCUUGGGGAUGCUACUGCUAACAUGCAGGGUGUGCUGGAGAGCUUUCUGGGCACUGCCUUUGCCGGCUCCAUCUUUUGCCUCUUUGGCGGUCAGCCUCUCACCAUCCUCAGCAGCACUGGCCCUGUGCUGGUCUUUGAGCGCCUCCUCUUCUCCUUCAGCGAGGAUUACAGCCUGGACUACUUGGAAUUUCGUCUCUGGAUUGGGCUCUGGGUGGCCUUUUUUGGCUUGGUCUUGGUUGCCACUGAAGCAAGCUACCUGGUACAGUAUUUCACCCGCUUCACUGAAGAAGGCUUCUGUGCCCUCAUCAGCCUGAUAUUCAUCUAUGACUCCAUGAAGAAGAUGGUGAGCCUGGCAGACACCUACCCCAUCAACUGGCAUUACAGGACUGAUGAUGUCACCUUGUACACCUGCAUCUGUAACUUGUCCAGCCCAGGCAAUGUUUCAGCAUGGAACAAUACACUGCUCCCUUUGCCCGUCACCCUGCAGGAGCGCCCAGAGGCUGUCAUUGUAGCCAGGCUGAGCAGGACCCAGUGUUUGGACCAAGGAGGCCACCUCCUGGGAACCAGCUGCCACUACGUGCCUGAUGUCACUCUCAUGUCCUUCCUCCUAUUUGGGGGCACCUUCCUGUGUUCCACAAUGAUCAAGCGCUUCAAGACAACCCGCUACUUCCCCAUGGUGCUUAGGAAGCUAGUGAGUGACUUCUCCAUCAUCCUGACCAUCCUCAUCUUCUGUGCCAUUGAUGCAGUCCUUGGUCUGGAGACCCCCAAGCUCCUUGUUCCCAGUGAGCUGAAGCCCACAAACCCUGCACGGGGCUGGAUCAUCUCCCCCUUUGGAGCCAACCCCUGGUGGGUUUGUCUGCUAUCUGUGGUGCCUGCCAUCCUCGUCACCAUCCUCAUCUUCAUGGACCAGCAGAUCACGGCUGUCAUCCUCAACCGCAGGGAAUACAAACUUCAGAAAGGGGCAGGCUUUCACCUGGACCUCUUCUGUGUCUCCCUCCUCAUGAUUGUCACCUCCAUGACGGGCCUUCCCUGGUAUGUGUCUGCCACUGUCAUCUCACUGGCACACAUGGAGAGCCUCAAGAAGGAGAGCACAAUGUCGGCUCCAGGCGAGCAGUCCAAAUUUCUGGGCAUCAGGGAGCAGAGGCUGACUGGCUUGGUGGUCUUCAUCCUGACAGGAGUGUCUGUGUUUAUGGCGCCCAUUCUCAAGUAUAUCCCAAUGCCGGUGCUGUAUGGAGUCUUUCUGCACAUGGGGGUGGUGGCUCUGAACAGCAUCCAGUUCACAGAGAGAGUGCGGCUGCUCCUGAUGCCGGCCAAGCACCAGCCGGAUCUCACCUACCUCCGUCAUGUGCCUCUGCGCCGAGUGCAUCUCUUCACCUUCAUCCAGGUGCUGUGCCUGGUCGUGCUCUGGGUCCUGAAGUCCACCGCAGCUGCUAUUAUUUUCCCAGUGAUGCUACUGGCCCUGGUGGGAAUCCGUAAGGGGCUGGAGUGCAUCUUCUCCCUGAAUGACCUGAGUUGGCUGGACAGCAUCAUGCCCGAAACAGCCAGGAGGGAGGCAGAGGAGAAACUGCCCAGGAAGCUGGAGAAGGAGGGAAGUGACAGUGAGGAGUCUGAGCUGAUGCAUCGCCAAGGACCAGAAAUCAACAUCUCUGUGAAUUAGGAUCACAUCCGGGAUGCAGGACAAGCUCUGUGCAGAUGUAAGGACCUCGCAUCCUGCAUCCUACGGUGCCUCCUCUCUGCUCCUGCCUGAUUGCCCCUGACCUGAGAGCUAAAGAAGUCCUCAAGAAGCAUUACUUGCCCGUGACCUCAGUUGCUGGUAUCUCUACAGCCUGGCAAUUUCAAGCACCACAGUGGCUUGGGCUGCCCAAAGGGGGUUAUUUGGGAUGAAGGGAGGAGCUGGAACAGACGCUCAGGAGGAUGCAGCAUCUGAUACCUUAGCACAGCCACCACAUCUCCCAACGAGAUGGCCAAAGUUUGCUGGAGGAUGACAUGCCAGAGCGAGAGCUCCAACAGAUGGGGGUAAAGGACUGAUGGGGCUGGCCCACAGCACCUGCGGGGGGGAGCCACAGCCUGCUGCGGUGUCGCUCUGUCUUCUGCUUCCAAAUCAGCUCCUGCUUGGAGCCAGGGUGAUGACCCAGGGCUGGCGGUGAGACAGGCACACCCAGGCCAUGGUCACAUAUCAGCUGGUGCCCAUGGCAGGCUUGUGGCUCAGACCCCUCCACAGGCUGGGAGCCGCAGCCCAGAGUGGCUGCCCACUGCUGGCACUGCUCAGGGACUCACCCAGGAAGAAGCAAUUAGAGAAGGACAGUGACUGGCCCCCCGGCACUGAAGUGGGUCACUAGCCUCCUGCAGAAGAGCCACCGCAUCCCUCAGCCAGGGCAGGGCUGGUAAGAGUCCUGUGGCACCCUGGUGACAUUACAUUGCAAAACUCAUUCUGAUAAUUAAAUAUAAUUUGUGUUUGUUUUAAUAAACAGUGCUUUGCCCUUGUGCCAUUUGCUUGGCUCUUCCUUCAGGUGGGAAAACAAUGUUUUCAUCUUAGGCCAGCCAAGAUCUUGCCCCUGGCAUGGCAAAACCUGGGCAUGGCCAGGACAUGAGGAACCUCUGUUGCAGCAAGAUGCAGCUUCUGGAGCUGGGUCGAAUUGCGCGGUCGGUGCUGCACACUUGCCUCCAUGAGCUGUCCAUUCCCCAUGAGCUGAGCCAUCUUUCCAGCCCAGGGGACUCCUGUUGGACCCAAGGCUCAUCUUGGGGCUGGGAAAACUGCACCAAUCCUUCACAUACAGGGUGUGUGCUCUGAUAUGGGCCUAUCCUCUCUGCUGGGACUCCCCUCCCUGAGCCCAGCAUGUUCUUGUUCCCCGUGUACAUACUCCAUCCAUGGCUGCCACUCGGCAGAUGUCCUUUGUGCUGCAGUGAUAGCAUACAUAGGCCCAGAGUGAGGCCAAGGGUCUGCCAGGGGAGGGAAAACGUGAACUGGCUCCUGUCUGUAUCCCUGGCUGGAUGCCAGAGGCGUCUCUGCGUCUGCUCCCAGGGCCACUGUCAUGGGGAGGGAAGGGAUGACAUCUGAGAGGUUGGCAGGAGACAGGGACAGAUAUGGGGGCUGGUUCCUGGGGCAUGCUUGCUGCAGAUAGACAGGUGCAUCCCUCUGCCAGCACAUCUCUGCAAAAGUACUCGAAUCAACAAACAGACAUUUUCCAUCCAAACUGAUUUUUCUUGUAAAAUUCCCACCUGGCCCCUCUGGCACUGAAAUUUCCAUGAAGACUUCUGCAGAGAUGACAAGAGGCACGGGGCAAGCAGCCCUCUCUGGGAGGCUGUGCUCUGCCCGUGUCCCAUCCUACCCACCAGUGGUGAGUUCCACACCAUGCCUCCUAUUGCCCAUACCACCCGCAGCACACAAGACUGUGGUGUCACUCACAUGUACAACCUUUGAAGUAGCUUGGGCCCCAUGCGUGAGAGGAAGUCACAGAGCUGGACUUUAGCACCGUGGUGAGAUGCACUGUGCCUGCCGCAGCCAAACAAGGCAAAGUUACUGCCUUCUGCCACUCCCAGCUGCCUGACACCAUGCCCUCAGGCCUACUGGCAUGGCUGCAGGCCAGCCCCUCCCUAGCCCCAUUCUGUCAGGCUGGACGGGUUUCCAAACCCCACUAUUAAACGUGUCUCAGCUGAACCAUGUUGUUUGGAGAGAACAAGUUCGGGGACGACUUGAUGGAGAGCUGUGCUGGCGGGUUAAUGCCAGCAGGAGGGCAGAGCGUCUCAGGGCUGACUUCUGCAGCCAGAACAGCCUGAAUCCAGGCUGCAAAAGGUUUAGGAGCCUCUGGAAGGCACAGAGCAGAGAAACAGCAGAUGUUGGAGUGUGACGUGUCUACUGAUCUGGGACUCCAGGGAGUGGGCGGCAUUACUCGGAAGACUAGAUACCGUCUGGGAUUUGCCUGUCGUUGCAAUGGGGUGAUACAGAGACUCAUAGGUCUGUGCAAAGUGAGUGUGGGUGCUGGAGCCAAGCCCACACAGCCGUCACACGCAGAGACGCUCGCCACUCCGGUCUGCCCUGGCAAAGAGGAAGGCCUUGGUCCAGACUACACACCAGCUAGAGCCAGAACCAGGCCCUGAACGCCCUGAAGAAGGUCCCAGCAGCGGCAGGCACAACCUUGACCAGCGACUGACAGAGGGCUGGAUGGGGUCUAACGUCUCCUUUACUUCUCUGCAGGCCACUUGUCCACAGCAGGGUAUUUUCAGGACAGCAAGUAAUAGUACCCCAGAACACACUGCACUUCACAAACAAGCA